GUCGUGGACGUGACUGGGAGGAGUCUGCCCGCCUCAGGUUUCCGCGCUCGGCCGCGGCCAUGGCGGAGCCCACCGUGUGCUCCUUCCUCACCAAGGUGCUGUGCGCCAACGGCGGCCGCAUGUUCCUGCAGGACCUGCGCGGCAACGUGGAGCUGUCGGAGGCCCGGCUCCGGGACGUGCUGCGCCAGGCCGGGCCCGACCGCUUCCUGCUGCAGGAGGUGGAGAUGAGGGAGGGCCUCUGGGACGCCGAGGCCGAGGUGGCGGCCGGCGCGGGCGGCGGCGGCGGCGGCCCCUGCGCCUGGCGGGUGGUGGCCGUGUCCUCCGCGCGCCUCUGCGCCCGCUACCAGCGCGGCGAGUGCCAGGCCUGCGACCAGCUGCACCUCUGCCGCCGCCACAUGCUGGGCAAGUGCCCGAACCGCGACUGCUGGUCUACCUGCACCCUUUCCCAUGACAUCCACACACCUGUCAACAUCCAAGUACUGAAAAACCAUGGGCUUUUUGGCCUCAAUGAGGCCCAGCUUCGGAUCCUGCUUUUACAGAAUGACCCGUGCCUUUUACCAGAGGUCUGUUUACUGUACAACAAAGGUGAAGCACUUUAUGGCUACUGCAACCUCAAGGAUAAAUGCAACAAGUUUCACGUGUGCAAGUCCUUUGUCAGAGGGGAGUGCAGACUUCAGAAAUGCAAACGGUCCCAUCAGCUCAUUCAUGCCACAGCCCUGCAGCUGCUGCAGGACCAAGGACUGAAUAUUCCAAGCGUCGUGAAUUUUCAGAUCAUCUCUACCUACAAGCACAUGAAGCUGCACAAGAUGCUUGAAAGUCAAGGUAAUGCCGCUUCUCCUGCUGAGUAUUCCCAGGGCCUCGAGAAGCCAGGCGGACAUAUGGCUGGCGCUGCAGAGGCUGGUCCUGUGGCUCCCAUCCCUGCUCCGUCAGCCAAGAAGCCACACGCAGGGAAACCGGAAAGGAUGUCCGUGAAAUAAGACGCUUGUCCAGUCAGAAGUUCUGAAAACAAAGCUUCUGUUGAGCUUUAUUUCUAAGUUCCUUCAUGUAAUCACUUAUCAAUAACGGUCAUAGUAAUACCUACCUCACAUGUUGCUGUAAAGAUUAAAGAUGACGGAGAAGGGGAGAGCAUCAGGUUGCGUGGAUGACAUUGGGGAUGGGUGGUUGGGAUGUGGUGGGACGUGGAGCAGGCAGAGAGGGGAGAACGUGAGUAUGGUUGGGGUCAGUCCAGGGCUAACUCUGAAGAUGGCAGAUUCUGCCUGUAGUCCCUGACAGGUCCCUUAGGCUGGCGGGAGCUCCAAGAGGAGCAGGCUUUGGCUGCCUUGCUCCAUGACCCAGCCAAUGUUUUUCUGCACCCACAUACACGGUUUACAUAGUGGUUGUCAGAGACCAUAUACGGACGCUUAGUCCUCUUGUUCUUUCUUAACGUUUCAUAAGCCUCUUUCCCUAUUCACAUUUUAUCGUAUAUAAUCAUUUUUAUGCACAGAUACACUAACGUACAGUUGUUUACUUAAUGGCUUCCCUUAUUCUGGAUGUUUCCGUUCUUUCUAACAAAUUUUGAAUGGAACUCUUUUCCUCAAAUCCUCACAAUAUUGAAUUUUUAAAUGUAUUCUUUUGCUUAGCUUGUUGGUGCUAAAUGAUACUGCCUUUUGAUUUGCAUUUCUUUAAGUAUAUGCAAGGGAAUAUUUUUCCAGUGUGUGUGCUUUCUGUGUGUGUGUGUGUGUGUGUGUGUGUGUGUGGAUUUUGUGCCUGCCCUCCUGGGGCUGAUGUGGGAUGGCGUUUAAUUAGGUUCCUUAAUUUUCAUGAAACGAUAUCAGUCGUACUGUGCUCACAUGAUACCCAGCUCUCCUGGGUCCAUCCCUCAGCCGUACCACAAAGUGUGUAACUGUCGAGUGCUCACCAAAGAUUUCUACCUCACUGUGUCUACUCUGCAUUUCUUAUUAACAUUUUCGCCAACACCCCCAUUAUGAUAGGGUCGUUCAUCCAUUUCUCAAAGUUGUAUCCAUUCUUUCUGCGUAUCUGGAGGGAUUAUCAGAAACCUAUAGACCUUGUCUAUUUCAUGUUGACUUUCCUUCCUUCUCUCUGUCCCCACCACCUGACUCUCUUCAUCCAGCUACACUUAGAUGUUUGGUUCUUUGUAUUCAUCCAAGGGUACCGCAGAGAAGCUGCGUUAUGACAUCUUUUUCUGUGUUUGCUUUUGUGAUAUUCUCAAAUGUUGAUGUGUAAAGUAUUUUUUUUUUUAAAUUUUGACUUUCCUGCAAUAACACAAUAUCUGAGAAAUAGGGACGAGGGAGUGAGUUUUGCAUAAAGCUGAAUUAAUUUAGCGUAGAACCAUGUUUUAUCACGAAAUGCUGCCUACUCUGCUGGGGGGAGGUCGGCCAAAAUAUCCUUUGCAAAGUGAGAAAUUGCUGUGUUUUCUCCUACGGACAGUAAGAUCAUGCUGCUUCUGUGAAACUUUUCACCUUUGCUAUCCACAACAGUAUUUCUGAAAGCCCUUAGGUUCUGCAUACUUUGUUUCCUUUUUCCUAGUUCUGAUUUCUCCUGGUGCUAAUUUUGUUUU